CAUCUAACAUCUGCUCCAGUGUGUGUGUGUGAGAGAGUGUGUGAGUGAGUGAAUGUGUCUUAUUUAUUUGUGCUGAGUGUUUCCCUUCAGCUAUAUUUUUCUUAAUUUGUAAAGUUAUCUGUUGCUGGAGACAUCUGGCAACCAGCGUGUUUUUUUUGUUCUAUAUAUAAAGAUAAUAGAUAUUUAUAUAUAUAACAAGCCGCCUUUAGAAAUCCACCGAGAGAAGGGGGCCAGUUCACUGUUAAAAGACACUGCAGAGGAAUACGUUUUGACUGGAGUGCGAGUCCUCUUAAGGAACAAGCUUGUAUCAACAUGGAGUGGGUGAGGUACAGCGUUUUGGUGUGGCUACUCUCCGUCUUGCAGCCGCACCAAGUGUGCCCUGAGAAGAGGAAUCUCAGGAGGAUCACUUACGUGCUUCACUCGGGCAAGUCUCACGGCCGGGGCAGUGUCUUUGCUUUCGGUACCAGGCACCGUGCUCCCUCCUCUUAUACAGUCAGGGCGCAGGGCUCGGCUCCAGUGCUGGAGGUGAAAACCACUUACAGGAGGAGCUCGCCCCAGGUCAGGACCCGGCGGAUGGGCCAGGCGAGCCAGCACGUCCAGCAGCAGCAGCAGCAGCAGCACAUCGCUCAGUUCCAUCCACACCAGUACUACCAGCAGCAGUCCAUUAGACACCCUGUGCACUACCAAAAACAACAGCUUAACGGAGUUAACGUUUGUGGCGGUCAGUGCUGUCAUGGAUGGGCCCAAGCUCCUGGCUCUCAAAGAUGCACCAAGCCGAAUUGUUCUCCAAAGUGCCAAAAUGGAGGGAUGUGUCUAAGGCCCCAGCUUUGCGUGUGCAAACCAGGCACCAAAGGUAAAGCAUGUGAGGAGACGUCGUCCAGCGUUCAACCCACAAACAAUCAAGACACGGUGGCCCAGGCUCAGCCCAUACCGCAACAGGCGCCCCAGCAAACCAUGACCCAGAGAUUGGUGCAACCUCCUCAGAAUAUCAAUUCACUGGGCCACAUGUCUUUGACUGUGAAGCAGAAACCUUCCAUGGUGGUGCCCCAGCAGUCUCACAUGGUACCCCUUCCAUCUCAACCACUGAUGAUGCUUGUACAACGGGGCCAAUCUCAACAAUUCACAUUUAAACCCAAAUAUUACAGCCAGAAGUUUUAUCCUGGAGGACAGGCUGCAGGAAGUUCGCUGCCUCAGGCUUCAUCUGGGAGCCAGUUCCAAGUCGGAAACCACACCGGCCGCAUCAAGGUGGUCUUCACCCCCACCAUCUGCAAGGUGACCUGCAUCAAAGGCAAGUGCCAUAACAGCUGCCAACAGGGCAACACCACCACCCUCAUCAGCGAGAACGGGCAUGCUGCUGACACCCUGACAGCGCAGAACUUCCGUGUGGUGGUCUGCCACUUGCCUUGCAUGAACGGAGGACAGUGCACUUCCAGGAACAAAUGCCAGUGCUCUCCUCAUUUUACCGGCAAGCUCUGCCAUAUCCCGGUGCAGCCUUCCAAUGGCCAGCAGCAUCACCAGCAGCCUGGCAAAGCUCCGACCUCGCCGGUAGUUCAUUCGACACACACACUGCCUCUGUCUCACGGUGGGAAGCCCGGCCUACAGAUGAAGUUCCCUCCAAACAUAGUGAACAUCCAUGUUAAACACCCACCGGAGGCAAAUGUGCAGAUCCACCAGGUCUCCAGAGUGGACAGUUCCUCCCUGGGACAGAAGGUCAAUGGUGUCAAGUCGAGCCAACAACAGAUCACUUAUCAUGCUCUGAGUCCUUCAGUACCUCACGUACCGAAUUCUGUCUACACACACCAGCAGCAAGUUCGCACCCAUCAUUUUCCCCGAACACAAACCAAGUUAGGACGUUGCUUCCAGGAAACUACAGGCUCACAGUGUGGGAAACCUCUUCCUGGCCUUUCAAAGCAAGAAGAUUGCUGUGGAACUGUGGGGACUUCUUGGGGUUUCAACAAAUGCCAGAAAUGCCCUAAGAAGCCAUCUUUCCCCAUUCGAGGGAAUGGACAAUUGGUGGAGUGUCCCGUGGGUUACAAGCAGAUUAAUGCAACACAUUGUCAGGAUAUCAAUGAAUGCCAACUCCAAGGGGUGUGCUUACAUGGAGAAUGCCUGAAUACCCUGGGCAGCUAUAGGUGCACAUGCCAGCCUGGGUUUGUUCCAGGUCCUGCACAAUCUGCCUGUGUCCCUGAAAAUCUUUUAAUUGAAGAGAAAGGGCCCUGCUACCGGUUUGUCAGUGCAGGAAAGCAGUGCAUGCAUCCUCUGUCUGUGCAGCUCAGCAAGCAGAUGUGCUGUUGCAGCGUUGGCAAAGCCUGGGGCACAAGCUGCGAGAAAUGUCCCAUUCUGGGAACAGCUGCCUUCAAGCAAAUCUGCCCUGGUGGAAUGGGCUACCAUGUUAGUCAAACCUUCAAGAAGGUGACUAUCAAGCCUGGGUCUGAAACUAAAGUGCAGAAGCGUCCUGACUCGACCAUGACUCAUCCUGAGAUUAAACACUCUGAUCCGAUACCUACUCCGGCAAAGAUACCACCAGAACAACAGCCCUUAGAAGCUUUCCCAUCAACCGAGACUCAACACCCAGCGGUGUUAAUACCAGAAGUGGCCACCAGCACACCUGAACAGGAACUUGUAAAAGAUGAGCGUGUUGUGGAAUCUGGCCUGCCCCAGCUAUCGCCCAGCAUUACCACCAUCCAGAUCAACUCGGGCUACCCUGCAGUGGUGGAAAAAACCUCACCUCCGAACCCGGUCCACAUUGCCCCAGAUGUGUCUACCUCCAGUCUGACCCAUUUCAUUGCAUCUACUCAAGUCGCAGAAAUCGAUGAGUGCUCGGUUGAUCCUCGGAUCUGUGGACCCGGCCAAUGUAUCAAUCUACCAGAGGGAUACACGUGUAACUGUGAUCCUGGCUACCAGCUCAACACAGUGAAAACUGCUUGCAUUGAUGUGGAUGAAUGUGCACAGAUUCCGCGCCCGUGUUCCAAUGGAUACUGUAAGAACACAGUGGGAAGCUUCCGCUGCCUCUGUCAUCGAGGGUUCACAUCAGACGGAGGAACAGAAUGCGCUGAUAUUGAUGAGUGCUUGAGCCCCAAUAUCUGUGGAGAAGGUCAUUGCAUUAAUGUUGUAGGCUCCUACAGAUGCCAGUUCUGUGAUGCUGGAUACAAAAUGAACAGAGGACAGUGUGAAGACAUUGAUGAAUGCCAGGAUUCCAACAAAUGUCCGUCUGGAAGAUGCAUUAACAAUCCUGGCUCUUAUGAGUGUGUGUCUUGCCCAGAUGGAUACACAGGCAGAAAUGGCCAAUGCGUAGAUGUUAAUGAAUGCCUCAACAGAUCAGCUUGUGCAAAUGGCAGAUGUUCGAACCUUGAGGGGGCCUAUAUCUGUACCUGUAACCGAGGCUAUGAACCAUCCCCUGAUGGCAAACUGUGCAAAGAUGUGAAUGAGUGUCAAGAUGCGAUUCUGUGCACCAAUGGGCAAUGCACGAAUACAGAGGCCUCCUUCUUCUGCGAAUGCAACUUGGGUUACCGUCUGACUGCCACAAGGGACCAGUGUGAAGACAUUGACGAAUGCCAACAAAACUCGGAUACUUGCCAGGGAGGUGUGUGCAUCAACAAUGCUGGCUCCUUUACAUGCACGUGUCCAGGUGGCUUCCAGCUGGUGAAUGGUGUUAGGUGCCAAGAUGUUGACGAAUGCGCAGAUGGCACCAAAUGCCAUGAUGGAUCUUGUGUCAACACCGACGGCUCCUAUAGAUGUGAAUGUGCCAGAGGCUAUCGUUUGAACCCUACUGGUGAAGCAUGCGCUGAUGUCGAUGAAUGUGCAAACAGCACGGUGUGCGGCACUCAUGGAUUCUGUGAAAACACAGCUGGGUCCUUCCGCUGUCUCUGUGACCAGGGCUUCCAGGAUCUACUGGAGGGGCAAGGCUGUGUGGAUAUAAACGAGUGUGAAAUGAUCAGCGGAGUUUGUGGUGAAGCUCUCUGUGAGAAUGUGGAUGGCACAUUCCUUUGCAUCUGUCCGGAUGAUGUCCAGGAAUUUGACCCAAUGACUGGGGAGUGCCGCUCCCCUGAGCCUCCAGCAGAAGGAAAAAAGGAAUGUUACUACAAUCUCAAUGAUGUCCACUUCUGUGACAAUGUCCUGGCUUCCAACGUCACCAAACAAGAAUGUUGCUGCACACUGGGAGCUGGCUGGGGUGACAACUGUGAAGUGUUUCCAUGUCCAAUGUUUGGCACUCCUGAAUUCGCUGCCAUGUGCCCUGAGGGUAAGGGCUUCAUUCCUAAUGGAGACUCAGCCUAUGGAAUCAGUGGACAAAACUACAAAGAUGCUGAUGAAUGUGUUUUAUUUGGACAAGAGAUCUGUAAGGAUGGCUUUUGCCUGAACACACAGCCCAGCUUUGAAUGUUACUGCAGACAAGGCUUGUAUUAUGAUCCAGUCAAACUGCAAUGUCUUGAUAUCGACGAAUGCCAGGAUGUAGCGAGUUGCAUAAAUGGGCAAUGCCUUAACACUGAAGGCUCGUACAACUGUUUCUGCACCCUCCCAAUGGUCCUGGAUGCUUCAGGGAAACGCUGCACGAACCCCUUAGAUUCUGACGAUAUCGACGAGUGUCAGGAUCCAUCAAAUUGUAUCGGUGGUCAAUGCAUCAACACUGAUGGCUCAUACAACUGUUUCUGCACAUACCCAAUGAUCCUCGACUCUUCAGGGAAACGUUGCAUUGAGCCUUCAGAAACUAGUGAACAAACCACUGAAGAGGAUGUGUGCUGGCAGGCUGUGAGCAGUGAGGUUGUGUGUGGGUCACCCCUAGUGGAUCGGAGGACCACCUACACUGAGUGCUGCUGUAUGUAUGGAGAAGCCUGGGGUAUGGACUGUGCUCUUUGUCCCCUUCGAAACACAGAUGACUACGCACGACUUUGUAACCUUCCUGUUCCUGGGAGACGGCAUGAGUAUGGUCAGGAUGCAUUGAUGCCUCCGUAUCAGCCUGACUACUCAGUCCCAGCUUCUGAGUACCACUCCCAGCAGGCACUACGUGGUAACCUGCCCUUCUUUGUCGACGCACACUAUCCGUUUGAUAGUUUCGAGGGACUGCAGGCUGAGGAAUGCGGUAUCCUGAAUGGCUGUGAGAAUGGGCGUUGUGUCAGAGUGCAGGAGGGCUACACGUGUGACUGCUAUGAUGGCUACCAGCUGGACAUCAGCAAGCUGGAGUGUGUUGACGUGAAUGAAUGUAUCGAGCUCAAUGAUAAAAUGUCACUUUGCCGGAACGCCAAAUGCAUCAACACUGAUGGAUCGUACAAGUGUGUGUGUCUGCCAGGCUACGUCCCCUCGGAGCAGCCUAAUUACUGCGUAACUACAGAGGCACAGAAAGAGUCAAAGUUGGAGUAAUUUGCGAAGAGCUGCACAUCCCCCUUCCCUCUCCCCAGCCCCGCUACUGUACAAAUCCUACCUACGCUCCGCACCUCUCCCUCUUCCCCCCUCUAAUCCCCGCCAUCACCAGAUCCCACCCAGAAGUGACGUACAAAGACUCUGCCUAUGCAGCACCCCCUUGUCAAUGAGUAUUUGCCGUCAGUCACUGAUGCCAUUAAGGAAGGAGACACCAAAUGGACAUAUCGUUUCCUCAAGCUGGGGGGUGAACCCCAAUUCUACCAAUGAACGGAAAGACCAAAUGGAUUCCUAAUGUGCUUCUUCUUUUUAUAUGGAAAGGAAAGCCCUCUCAAUAAGGGACAUGCAAAGUGAGAAAGCACACCGCAUCCACAAUCAUUCACACAAAAUAGCAUUUGUUAUUAGCACAUGGUUUACACUAUGUAUAACAGUGGUGAAAAUAUUUUGUAUUACGUAUUUGAUAAAAUGCAGUAUGUGUUUAUACUGCUUUGACUUUAGAGUUUUAUGACAAAUGUAAAUUCUUUGAUAGCAACUUAUAGUCCGUUUGUAUGUUUUUUUUUAAAAAAGGUCGUGCUAUUCUGUGUCUGGAACAUUGGUCAGUGACAGUUUUUACCUUGUUCAGUGUCUGCCCUGUGGAGCAGGCGUGUUGUUUCGAUAAGGUUUUUUUUUUAAAAAAGUUUUAUACAACCGUAGAGGUGUGAAGUUCCUGGUUAUGUUCUCCACACAUUAUAUACUGCACUACAACCCACACAGUUCAAACUUGCCAGGUCGCAAAGCUGCUACAGGACAGCCAAAAGAGACAUGAUGUGUACAGUUACACUGAAGAAAUAAAAGAACCAGAUUAUUGUAUUGUAAGUUGUAAAUUGAAGCAAAAAUAAUUCACAAGCAGAUAGCUCUUGUAUGAUCAUCUUAAAAGCAUAUUAAAGCUGUAUUCUAAACCUCUGUAAAACCUAUAAAUAAAUCACUUAUGGAAGUGUA